AAUAGAAUUUUCUAUAUAUUGCAAUGCACGAUGUUAUGAAGCAAGCUUUUAAAUAUUGGAUUUUUGUAAGAACUUACAUGCACAUAUCCCUGAUGUAUUCUACAAAAGGUGACGUGACUAGAAUGAAUGUAUAUUAACGUAUUUGUACGUGCUCAUUCGAAAUUUUUUAAUAUUUUAUUGAUUAUAUUUGGAUCUUUACUACUAGCAACUCGUAGCUCUAGUUUAUAUUUAUGUACAAUAUAUCUUUAUUGCAAGAUCAAGUCAAUUGUAUUUCAUAAUACAGCUCUCAUGUCUGAUUAUAUUAUCUGAAUAUACGACUACAGAAACUCGACAUUUCGUUUUUUAUGAUUAUAUAUACAUGCACAUCGCACUAUUGUGGGAUACCAAUAUUAUCGACUCCUCUCGAGCUCUGCAUUACCAGAAAGCUACGCAACAGUGACCGGACGAUUGUGCAACGCGAUUCAACGAAAAAGUGCCUGUAUCGACGGAUGACGUAUACCAAGGACAGAUAAGAAUGGAUCGACUGAUUUCGUCAUCGCCAGCUGUCAUCAACACGUGUUCCGUCAACGUCGGGGAUCGGGGGGGGGGCACUUGGUUGUAGUCGUUGCAAUCAGUCUGGUCAGUCGUCCAAGUCAUGUCGUAGCGAGAGUAACGCGAGAUCUCCAGAUGCAACGGUCCAUCAAAUCCGGCUUCGCAUACGCACGCAGCCUGUCAAAAUCAAACGCAGCGUUCUCCAAGGAGCGUCGUACCAUUCGGUACCUCUACGUCCGCUCCCCUGUGUGACACCACGGAAGCCACGCUAUAGAUGAACUGAUGACUUCAACCAAGUUCCGAUUAACUUGAGUAACAAUUAAUUUAUCAAGUAAUCCAACGAACUUACGCCUAAGCACCAAAAAUGAGGAUCAUAUUCGUAAAAUUCCGUGAGAUCUCGCAGAAGUAUCCUAUUGUUCGAGGCAUGGCAUCCUACUUGAUUAUAUGGCCAACUGCGAAUCUGUUGCAACAGAAGAUAAUGGGCAAAGAAGAAUUUAAUUACAUGGAAGCUAUGCGAUUCGGUCUAUACGGUGGUCUCUAUGUAGCUCCUACACUAUACUGCUGGCUGAAAUAUGCAUCUCACUUCUGGCCGAAAGCAAAUUUGAAGUCUGCAAUCACUAAGGCUUUGAUUGAACAAGUUACAUAUGGUCCUGCAGCUAUGUGUUCCUUCUUCUUUGGCAUGAGCCUUCUUGAAUUAAAGCCAGUUUCGGAAUGCAUUGACGAGGUCAAAAUUAAAUUUUGGCCAACAUACAAGAUUGCCAUUUGCGUAUGGCCAAUUCUCCAAACCAUCAAUUUCAUCCUAAUUCCGGAGCGAAAUCGUGUUGUAUAUGUCAGUAUAUGCAGUUUUAUCUGGACGUGUUUCCUUGCAUAUAUGAAAUCUCUUGAAACCAAGCAGAAGGAGCUGAUUAACAUUGCCAAUCCCAAGAUAAUAUCAGAAAGUAAAGCGCAAACUGGAAGAGCCAAUCAUAUGCAGAUUCCUCUACUACGAUAAAAGAUUUUUAUAUUUAGGAAACGGACAUGCCGUUAAAUUAAUUUAUUUGUACAUACUUGCAAUUGGAAGCAAUAUUUAUACUUUAUGACGCAAUUCACAUAAUAUGAUUAUCUGUGAUAUUCACAGUACAAAACUAUUAC